UGGAGAGAAAGCUUUGCCAGAUGUGGGGCCGUUUCCUUCUUGUUAUGAUGUGAGGGGCUGCUAUCCCAUCAACCUCAUCAGCACAGCGGAGAGGGAGAAAGUGAGUCAAAAGGAGGGAAAGAAAGAGAAGGGGAGAAGGAAGGCAGGGGGAAUGGCAAGCUCCUGGGUUUGAUACAGUGUAGUGACAGAGAGAGACAGGCACACACACAGAUAUAGAGAGAGAGAGAGGGUCCAGGAGGAAAAGAGAGAGGGAGGGGGCAAGGAAGCAGAGAUAAGAGUGACACAGGACAGGAGAACUGAUAGAGGGGAGGCUGAGAGACAUGCAAGAGGGGGUGGGAAACAUACACUUAGGAAAGACAGAGGGUUGAGGAAGGUUAAAAAAGAGUAGGUUAGAGAACAAGAAACACAACAAGAGUGGGGCGAGAAGAGGUAAAGGAAGAAGAGAAAACAAAACCUCUCUAGAGAGAGAGAGAGCAGGAAACAGACAGAGGAAAAUGCUCACACAGUCAGGGAAAGUGGCAGGGCAAUAAGUAAAAAGGCUAAGAGAGAGAGAGACCAAAACGCAGAAAGAUCCCACUCUAUUGGCCGUUGGAUUUGGGGCUGGCUCGGUGUGCAUCAUGCUCCCAUUUUGGCUGGGGAUGUCCUGCUUACUGCUGCUCAUUUCUGAAACAGGAGGGAGAGUUUAUAAGGGGAGGAAGAAACCCCCGGCACUGACAGCGCAAAGGCUCCGAUCUGGACCUCAUGUUUGUUUCUCAGGGAUGGGAGCGGGUUGCUGCCCUGGCUGGACAGUAUCUCCUGGCACAGGGCAGUGUCUUCAGCCCCUUUGUUCAUUUGGCUGCGCAAGUGGGUUCUGCAUUGCCCCAAAUGUAUGUUCCUGCCGAGAUGGGCAUCAAGGUGUCACUUGUGCAGAUGAAUUUUCCAGUGAACAUGAAAAGACUUUGGAAGACAAAGGUACUCCUCUCACCUGCCUAUCUGCUUUGUGUGAUCAGAACUGUAGAUUGGUGAAUGGGGUUCCAUCAUGUAGCUGUUUCCAUGGAUACAGUCUUGGGAAAGAUGGCAGAACCUGCUAUGAUGUUGAUGAAUGUUCCAGGCCACAGGCAUCCAGCCUCUGUCAACAGCAAUGCAAGAACAGUAUUGGCAGCUAUAGAUGCCUCUGUUUCUAUGGGUAUCAAAUAUCACCCAAUGGUCGCUCUUGUAUACCAACCAAGAACCUAAACUUUAUCGCAGGCAUUGCAGCUCCUUCCCCUUGUGGAGAAUACGGCUGUGAAUUAAUGUGCAAUGAUGGCGGCUGUGAGCACGUGUCAAGGGUGUGUCCUGUUGGAUUCCGAAUGGCAGAGACUGUAAAUGGAGUGACCUGCACAGAUAUUGAUGAAUGUGAGGCCUCUUCAUGUGAAGGAACCUGCAUAAAUACAGAGGGAGGAUUCGUGUGUGACUGUGGGCCAGGCAUGAAGCUAUCUACUGACAGGACGAGCUGCUACGACAUUGAUGAAUGUUCCUCUAAAAGAUCCCUGUGCCAACAAAAAUGCAAGAACCUUCAGGGCAGCUACAGGUGUUUGUGUGCGACGGGGUUCGUCCUUCAGAGCAAUGGACACACCUGUGCAGACAUAAAUGAAUGUCGGAGGCCAGGAACAUCCCAUCUUUGCAAACACUUCUGCCACAAUACUCAUGGAAGUUUCUUCUGUUCUUGCCGGGCUGGGUUUCUGCUUGAUCCAGAUAAGGUGUCAUGUAUUGAUGUGGAUGAAUGUUUAGAAAAUGCCACCAUAUGCCCUCUGGGAAGCUGUGUGAACACACUGGGGUCCUAUUUCUGUGCAGAGAUUCCAGCGGGAAUGCAGACCACAGGCCUCCCUUGGGAAACACAGGCAGCACAUGGGAACUGGAUGCCAUUCCAGCCAACAUCAGUAAUGCCCCAGACAUCUGAGUCACUGACUACUGGUGGCCCUCACCCUCUCAGGACCAGCACUGAGUUAGCACAAGGCAUUUUCAGCACAACUACUACCUCAGCGCCACAAAGCACUUUGGCAAACACAAACAUCAUACCACGUCCACAGCACCUCAGAAUUGGCCACCCUCCACUAGCUCAGAAAGCCUCUGGAAUUUCCCAUAUGCCUCUGAAAGAAAACAUGAUAGCCCAAUCAGGUACCACCACUGUAUCAUUCACUAACGUGCCAGAUUCCCACUGCUGGCAUAACAAGGAGCUGCAUUUAAGUGGUAGUACAUGGGCAGCACUGGGAUGUACUGACUGCACUUGCCAGGAUGGAAAUAUAUCUUGUGAAAAAAGGAUAUGCACCCCAAACUGUUCACACCCCGUCAUGUAUCCUGACAGCUGCUGCCCUAUGUGUGACGGAUGCCUUUUUGAGGGAGUUUCCAGGGUAGAUGGAGAGCUUUUCCCAAAUUCUCCAGACAAUUGCACAAUCUGCAUCUGCCUGGCUGGAAAUGUCACAUGUAUCCCUCCUGUGUGCCCUCCUGUUACAUGCACUGACCCCUUCCUAUCAGACUGCUGCCUCAGAUGCCCAGAUGGAUGUGAAUUCCAAGAUCAUUUUUAUCCCCAUGGAUCCAAAUUUAGCAGGGAUGAUAAUGGAUGCACCUCUUGUUUAUGUCAGAACGGCGCUGUUGAAUGUUCGUUUAUUCCAUGUCCCAGUCUAGAAUGUCCCAGAGAGAACUGGGUGCUGGAGGCCGGCCAGUGUUGCUUUAAAUGCCAGGAACCCAUGCAAAGGACAGGGUGUCCUUUUGAUGAUAAUGGAAUUGAAAUUCCUGUUGGGCAGAUCUGGUCGCCGGGAGAUCCCUGUGCAAUCUGCAUUUGUCAGGCAGACAGCUCCAUCGUGUGCAAGAAAACAGACUGCGUGGAGACCUGUCCACAUCCAAUCACAGUGCCAGGGCAAUGCUGCCCAGAUUGCUCAGCGGGUUGUUCUUAUGGUAGAAGAACAUUCAGGAACAAUGAAAGCUUCCCCUCUAAUUCAGACCCAUGUCUCACUUGCAUUUGUCUGAUGGGCACUGUAGCCUGUUCUCCAAUUGAGUGUGCAGUAAACUGCACGUACCCUUUCCACGAUGAAGGAGAGUGCUGCCCUGUUUGUCGAGAUUGCACAUAUGAUGGCAGAAAAGUUCUGAAUGAACAGACUUUCUACCUCGAGAGUGAUCCUUGCACUCAGUGCACUUGUCAGCUUGGAGAGGUGCAUUGUGAGGCAAUCGUGUGCUCUGCUUCCUGCUCACAUCCUUAUGUCUUUCCUGGGGAAUGUUGCUCCUCUUGUGAAGAGUGUCUCUUUGAAGGCCAUCUUUUAGAGAAUGGAGGCUCCUACAUAUUAAAGGUGGAUCCCUGCAUUGUGUGUCAUUGUUCUGGUGGAAAUGUUCAAUGUGAGCAAAGGGAUAAUUCCUGUACUCCAUGUGUGCAGAAGACACAGGAUUGUCUAAAUGAAGUGCCAGAUAUUUUUCAUUAUAAUCAGCUGCAAAUCAUGCCUGCGGAUCUACAUCAGUCUGCUGGAUCCCACAGUCCAAAUAUCGCACUGAAGCUACUGAAUGAUGCAGUGAUUUCCCAACCCACCUAUAUUCCUUUUUUCCAAAGAUUAGUAUCCAGGCGAAAUACUGAGAUCUUAGGAACAAUUUCAGCUGGUCCAACUACUGUCCUUCAUGGAAAAACACCUGCAGACUCAACUCCUCCUGGCUAUAAUAAGGAUUAUUUAACUACAAACCCUGUUGACCCUUUGCCAAAUGCACACACAACAAUCACCCACACAGGAGAAAUAAAGUCUGUUUCAGCAUCAGAGCCAUUCAGAAACAUUAUUAUGCCUUCUUCAAAAUUGCCUCAAAGAGAAGCUACAUCAUCAAACUCAUCUCCACAACCUGAAGAAUAUUUGCAUGAAUCUUUUCUGGGUUUGCAUACACAAAAGUUAUCUACACCUACCUCCUCUUUAGGCAUUCCUAAUAAGUCUUUCCCUUCAGCAGUUAUUUCUACCUCAACACUAAUGCCUCAAAUGUUUCCUUUUUCUGAUAUGUCUUCUGGUCCAUCCAAACUAACUUCUGACAGCGCUGCCCUUCAUCCACCUGCUUGGAAUGCAGAUAGUUCUGUUCAGUCACCAGCACAUGAUUUUAUUUCUUCUUUCACCCAUACACCGGACUCACAUUCUUUAUUUACCCACUCACAAAGACCCCUCUCUUCUGGCACUUCUGAUAUAUCAUCUAUCCAUGCAGAUACCACUCAAUUCUCUUUGUUAGCCAAAAACACUCUAGGCUAUACCUCGGCCCCUGCACCCCAUGCUGCUCACUUCCCAACCUCUGCAAACAUCAUCCCGAGUGAUUCUGGGAUUCCUCUCAUGCAGCUAAACCACAGAGAGUCAGAGAGUGAUGAACUGGGGAAUGGACACGCAAUUGGAUGUUCUUUAAAAGGUCUUGAAUUUUCCAGUGGCUCCAUCUUUGUUGCUGACAUGGACUACUGCCUGCCCUGUGAAUGUUUGAAUGGAGAGAUCUACUGUUCACACCAAGAUUUAUUCCCCAGUGGACUGUGUUGCCAGAGCUGUAGCCACCAGGGUGUUGAUUCUUGUGCAGGGAAAAUAAACCAGGUCCAUUCAGAAAGUAUGAGGAGUCAGAACCUUUGCAAUUGCAGAAAUCUCAGUCUUCACUGUGACUCUUGCUCGUUCAGAGAAGAAUGCAGAAGAAAUGGCUCUACACAAACCGCCAAGGAAGAACAACUACCUGAGAACAUCCACUGGGCUCCACUUAUAUUUGAAGGGGAUGUUGAGCCUCAGAGAUGAAAUCUGCGAGACCAUCAAUAACUAGAGCAGAGAAACAGAGGAAGCUUAUUAUGAUGUUACUGUCUUCUCAUCCCAGCUUCUUCAUACCACUCAAGGGGAUGGAAUGGCACUGCAGAACCUUUGGUUUCAUCUCUUGGUGAGCUCUGAAGUUCCCCUUCAAUAAAUAAUAAGAGUUAUGAGUAUGUUCAACAAGGUCAUCUUGAAGAACCAAACAGACUUGAAAUUCAGUAUGGCUCACCCUCCCUAUUAAUGUACAGCCUCGACACAAUCUUCGCUAGUAAUUCAAGGCAUGUUGACAGUAAACAGAGCAACCUUUCUCGGCUGAUGGUGAGACAAGGCGGUUUUCUAUGCAGACCUGAUCUCACUAGUGGCUGGAAGCAGAACUAUAAGAGGAGACUGAUACAAGAACAUCUGGAGAACCAUUAUAGCAAGUGUGCCUGUGGCUUUUAUACUUUCCCAAUGUAUUGUUUAAUGGAAUGUGUUAGUAUCACUUUAAAAGACUCUCUAAUGCUAUUCCUACUAUAUAAAAUGAAACCACUAGCUCCCUCCAAUCCAGAUCCCUGUUUGUAACCAGUGUGUCAAGCUCCAACAUGCUGCCAGGUCUGGCAGGUCUCCUCACCAUCAGGUUUGAACUGAGGUUCAAAAUAGGCCCUGGCAUUUCAAGUACACAGAGGCCAAAACAACCCCCACCAGCCCAAUAAAUAGUAACUGUCUAUGGCAUCUUAUAGCAGACCCCCUGGCAUUUGCCAGAACCCACAGAUUGCCAGUUCGGCCCACCAUUCCCAAUUUCACCCCGACAUCUUACCCAAACUUUUUCUUUGGAAACAUUAAUGAGUUCCAGGUUGGGAUGUAAUAGGCUUUUAUUGACAAUAAGAGAUACAUAUAUUCAUCAACAAUAGGUUAAAGUUUAAAAUCAUUUAGGCAGCUGCCUGCCAUGCCAGUAGUGAGAGAAGGCAAACCAGAAACCAUAAAACCCACCUGAGGCCCUUGUCCAAAAACCCCUGGCAAUCUGUGAAAUAUAAUCUAAUCUCCUUUUGCUCUGACACUAAGGGAGGGAGGCAGGAUGAUGUUUCCUGGCUGCCCAGCAGGUAAAGAGCCUAUACUUCCUUCACAGCCCCAAUAUCUUUCAUAGUGUUGGCCUUACUUUCUGCGGUGACUCUCCCACCAAUCCAUGUCGGAAGCCCUACCAUCAACUAAUACUCCCUGCUUACCCUUCCAAGCACCAUCAAGGCUCCUUUUUCUUAAAGAUAUGAAGCCUCCAUCUUCCUAAAGCUGUGACAUUGGGCUGGGGAAACCUGACUGCAAGAAGCAACAAUGUAAACAGUGUCUUGAGCAAUUCAGCCCCAAUCCCACUAUUUUAGAAUAGAAUUAGCAGCAAUGUUGGUUUGUUUUAGUAAGUAUGAAUAGCAACGGAACAUGUUAGUAUCCCCUUUAGUGAUUAUCAUCUCUGAGGCACAUACACAAAAUGUAAAAACAUAUCAUUAACCCAUAUAGUUGUAUAAGCUCCCAAAUAUGGAACCCUUUUAAUGCUCUUAACUUGCAAAUAUUAUAACCUAUUAAUAAUCUGGGUGUUCUUUUUGUUGUUUUCUACUUAAAUAGCCAGGAAUAAUCAACUGCAUGAAGCGAAUGCAGUCUAUUUGUGGCCAUAAAAUGUGAUUGCGGAAUGGCAGCUACAAUUUUCAUUUUUCUGAAAAGUUGAUGUUUCCCCUACAUCAUAGGCUUUAAAAACUACUGAACUGCUUCCUCAGCCAGAUGUGAUCCUAGGAACUGCCAAUAAAAUGGGCAAUAGGAUAAAACAGUCGAAUUAUUGAAACUAAGGUUUGUAGCAUUUCAGUUUGUUCAUGAUUGGAGCUCCCCACGUGAUGCAAUGGAGCAGGUAUGGACACAAGUACCUUUCUCAAUACUGUUGCUCAAAUAAUCAAGUGAUUCUUCACUACCCUUCUCAGUCUGUCUCUCUUCAUGCAGAUUUGUGUCGGAGUCAGUUAUCUUUAAAGACAGUAAUACAUUGUCUAGAGUGGCAAAGGGAGCCCAUACCAAUAUAUUUGACCUAACUAUCAAUCGAAAUCCCACUUCCCCUAGCAACCAGGAAACUGCCCAGGCAGUUCAUUAUUGAACAUAGGAAUUUGAUGCCACCUGCUGAAGUGUUUAAUUUUUAUUUAUAUAGUGUUGUAUGAUAAUAAUAAUAAUGAUGGCCAGUACUUGGAUGGGUCUGACUGGCAUGGAGUCUUGGCUCAGUCCUGCGUCAGUGGCUUCUGAAAAACUAACAUGAAAUUCCCAGGGAUUCAGAUGCCAGACAGCAGGGCAGCGACUAACUGCCAGAGGGUUCUGUAUACAGCACCACAGACACUGUCAGCACUAUAUAGAACAUAUUAUAGAGGGAGUCCCAUGUAUCUUCUAUUGACCACUGUACCCAAUAAUAUCUUUCUUUAUCCCUCUUCUUUCGCAUGGCAAGGGCCCUAACCACUAGUUAAUAUAGAUAACGUGCCAUAUCCCUGCACCUCAUAAAAAGGGCGGUUUUGGUUGCAUAUGAAUGUUACAGAUGUAUUCGCGAUUAUAAGACUUUUUUUAUUGUAUGAGAGAAAUAAUUUUUUUUCUAACAUGGAGUUUCUAUAUGCAAAAUGUACUGUAUGACUGAAAAUAAAAAUUCAUAUAAUAAAAGUGUUUUUCAGAUA